AUGCAAACACUUUUGUACUUUAAUUGAGUAACAUUUUAAAUGCAGGACUUUUACUUGGAACCGAGCAUCCCUACACUCUGGUACAUGUACUUUUACUCAAGUACUUUUCCCACCUCUGUAUGUAUUACUGUACAGCGGUUCAAUAGGUUUGCAGGUGUCUUCAUGAAACACUUCUCCAGGAAAAAGUGGACAUUUUACAAACGCUCACGAAUUCUGGUUUCUUAGCAACCCUGUGUGUUUACAUCGAAGCUACGUUUUUUCGUGGCCUAGGACAGGAGCUUGUUCCAAGUUUAACACUGCAUUUCGUUAGGUUACCAUCAAAAUGUUCAACUUCGAUUUAGCCUCAGACCGCUUAGCAAACACAAGUCUGCAGAGGCGACGCAAUGACGAGACUGAAAGACGAGAGAGGAUUUUUAAUGACAAAGUGAGGAUGUUCGGGGUUGACAAGGAGGCAUUAAACUCGCAGAUGAAAGAAAAAGAGAAACAAGAAGAAGCAGCAAAAGUGGAACAAAACGCUCGUGAUGCUGAAAUGCUUCAUAAUAACAAAGUAGCUUGCCUCCUGCACAGCAGAGAAGUGAAAGAGAAGCGUGCGGUAGCAAAGACCAUCGUCGACUACCGGCUUCAGUACCAGCAGCCUCUGUGUCAGCGCGAUUAUGACCUGAGUGCCCCGGACCGCUGUGGAAACACAGACCCAGGUGACGCACUGAUGAUGCUUCCUGGCCUGUUGGGCGAGGACCCCGACAGUGAGAGCAGGCGACAGAGACAGAGGGAACAGCUCCGAGAGUGGCUCCUCCAGCAGCAGGGGGAGCGAGCAGCAGAAAGGCAGCGACGGAAAAUGGAGGAGCAUCGCUGUGAGCAAAGCAGAGCGUACAUGGACAAAAAAGCUCUGCAGCUUCAGGGCAUUGAGAUGCAGAGGAGAAAAGCAGAAACUGUCGCCACUAAAGAGUACAAUCUGGCCAAGAUAGAAGAGAAACGUCGCCAUGAUGGGGAACGUGAUGUCAGAGGCGGUGUAGCAGGUGCCAGGAUGAACAACCUGCAAGAGCCGCUGACAGAUGUUGCACUCCAGCACCCCCUAGUGCCUGGUCUCUGCCCUAGCAGUGACAGGAAAGCACCUCUGGAGAACCUGCAGCAGAUCAUCCAGUUCCAGAAAUAUCAGAUCGAGGAGAAAAAGAGGGUGGAAUUAGAGAAAAAGCGAGACGAGGAGCAACGUGAUCGCGUCCGCCUGGACUCGGCUCGCACCGCUCUCUUAUUAGAGAGGCAGCAGGCAAGACUGGACAAGCAGCGUAGACAACGCGUGGACAGCGCGAACGUCAUGCUGGCCCAGACACACAAGCAACAAGAACCGGACAUUGAAAGAGGAAGCAUUGAUGACAGCUUCUUCUCCAAAUUCAACACCUGCAGCAGAUGACCGAUGACUCAUAACAGUGGCUGCUGAUGAUGAAGCCACAUGAGAAGAACACUGAAUAAACUGAAGAGCUGUUUUUAAUCAAUCUCGGCUACUGUUGCAAAAGUGAGCCAAAGAAUGAAAUGAUAAACUUUGUGUUUUCAGUGAGGUGUUUUCUGGGUUACAUCGUCAGCUAUGCCCCUUUUUACAGAGGUGGGAGAAGUACUCAGAUCUUGUACUUGAGUAAAAGAAGUGAAGCAAUACUCAGUUACAAGUAAAAGUCCUGCAAUCAAAACGCUACCCAAGUAGAAGUACAAAAGUAUUAGAAUGAAUAUACUAGUGUAUACUAAGUAGUCAUUAUGCAGAUUGGUCCAUUUCAGAAUAAUAAAUGAUAUGUUUUUUGCAUUAAUGAUCAUUAAAGUGUUCUCAAAGCUGGUAAA